UAUUUGAGACAUGGCUUUAGUUAUCUUCUUUAGGGAAAAGACAAUCGGCCUAGCCCAAUAGAAGCUAAUAGAGUCGGCAGCGGCCCAAAAAAGUGAAGGAGGCUAAGAAGAAGAAGGAAAACCCGAGAAAAGAGAUUAGUACUGGUUCAAAAUCUGAGAAAGAAGAGACUGAAGAAAGAGAGAGACGCGGAGCGGUGGAGCGACGUCGUUUUGGUAUUCAGGCUGAGUGUUUUUUGAUCAUGUCUUGGUGCACGAUUGAGUCCGACCCAGGGGUCUUUACCGAGCUUAUUCAGCAGAUGCAAGUAAAAGGUGUGCAGGUUGAGGAGUUGUAUUCAUUGGACAUUGAUUCUCUGAACAGUCUGAGACCAGUGUAUGGUUUGAUUUUCCUGUUCAAAUGGCGUCCUGGGGAGAAGGAUGACCGCCUUGUGAUUAAAGAUCCAAAUCCUAACUUGUUUUUUGCGAGCCAGGUUAUUAACAAUGCCUGUGCAACCCAAGCAAUCUUGUCUAUCCUCCUCAACUGUCCGGAUGUUGACAUUGGUCCUGAACUGUCGAAACUGAAAGAAUUUACAAAGAACUUUCCACCUGAACUGAAAGGAUUGGCCAUAAACAAUAGUGAAGCCAUUCGUGCAGCCCACAAUAGUUUUGCAAGGCCUGAGCCUUUUGUUCCUGAGGAGCAAAAGGCUGCUGGAAAAGAUGAUGACGUCUAUCAUUUUAUAAGCUACUUGCCUGUUGAUGGGGUCCUGUAUGAGCUUGACGGACUGAAGGAGGGACCCAUUAGCCUUGGACAGUGCCCUGGUGGGCAAGGUGACAUGGAAUGGCUGCAGAUGGUGCAGCCUGUAAUCCAGGAACGCAUUGAAAGGUACUCCAAAAGUGAGAUAAGAUUCAAUCUCCUGGCCAUUAUUAAGAACAGGAAAGAGAUGUAUACUGUUGAACUUAAGGAGCUCCAAAAGAAGAGGGAGCGCAUUUUGCAGCAGCUGUCUAUCUUACAGUCGGAGAGACCGGAUGAUGGCAGCAAAUUUCAAGCGCUGAACAAAGCCCUUUCAGAAGUGAAUGCUGGGAUUGAGGGUGCUACCGAGAAGAUCUUGGUGGAGGAAGAAAAGUUUAAGAAGUGGAGAACAGAAAACAUCCGCAGGAAACACAACUACAUACCCUUUUUGUUCAACUUCCUCAAGAUUCUGGCCGAGAAGAAGCAGCUGAAGCCUCUGAUUGAGAAGGCGAAGCAGAAGGCAGGCAACCCUAGAUGAAUGUGAAUGCUGCUUUGGUUAACUGUACUAUGUAUUAUUGGCUCUGUGGAUUGUUUUUCUUGAUGUGUUGCUAGAAAUUUUUGGUGAACCUAUACUGUAGGUUAUCAAACUUGAUUUUAUUUCGGUGAAACAUUCCCUUGUGGUUGGUUA